GAUUCUAUCACCAGUGUUUAUCAAGUGUAUAGAGAAAAGAACAUAUACAUUGUAAUGGAAUAUGUACCCGAGAAAGAGUUCUUCGAUCUGAUCUAUGAGAAGAGGUGCCUGACUGAGAAUCAGACACGAAAAGCUUUCUAUCAAAUCUUCAAUGCCAUUAAGUAUUUGCACGAUCGUAAUAUCAUUCACCGGGAUCUGAAACCAGAGAAUAUAUUAAUGGUCGACAAAGAAAAAAUGACACUCAAGCUUUCCGAUUUCGGGCUAUCUAAACUUCUCGGCAACUCAGAUGAAGUGAUGACAACUCUUUGUGGAACUCCAACUUAUGUUGCCCCGGAAAUACUUACCUCAAGAGAGAGUAGAAGUUACAAUUCCAAAGUCGAUAUGUGGAGUUUAGGCGUCAUUUUGUACGUAUGUUUAUGCGGAUUUCCACCUUUCUCGAAUGAUAGGAGUCCACCACGUCUAACCGAACAGAUAAGAAAUGGAAACUAUGCAUUUCCAUCGCCUAUGUGGGAUACAAUCAGUGAUAAUGCCAAAGAUCUUAUCAGUAAGCUGUUGGUAACCAAUCCUGACCAACGUCUUUCGGCUGACCAAGCGAUAGAACAUCCUUUUAUGAAGAAUGGGGUAUUAGAGAUUAAUGAUGCCGAUGAUUAUAAUUAUUUACGAAGAGUGGCAUAUCAUAUGAAAAAAGAUCAAACGUUACUGAAAAUUCCUCGAUUGCGAAAGGUAAGACAGGAGGAGGCCGAAAGAUUGGCCAACGAGCCGCAAGGGAACGUGAUAGUUAAUAAUGAAAGACCACCCGAAGUCAGCCCACAAUCGAAUGAAAAUAGGGGAGAUACUCAUUCACAAUUACAUUUCUCAACGUUUGGAAUGCGACCUCUUGACGGCACAAUCUAUUCUGGUGCUAGCAGUUCUGUCUACACGACAGCUAACGAAUAUUCGGAUGCCUGGUUCCCACAUUAA